UUGAAAAGUGUAAUUGAAAUCACGAAAUAUUAUAUACGGAAUGUUUUGCACAAGAAAAUGAUUAUUUAAAACGUUAUAUCUUCUUGAACCAGAAUAAUCAAUAAUCGGACCUAUGGUACGAAUGGUUUAGAUGGCAGUGCAUUCUUGUUUUGAGACACACUUUUAGUGUCUUACGAGUAUCGGCAAAAAUUUGUGCGUCCGAUCUAAUAUAUCAUAGAACUAAAUUAAUUUGUUUGAUACGAAUUACUCUGUAAAAUAUCAACUAUAAAUCUAACAUUUUAUCAUUACUACGAUCGUGGACAUUAUAACGAUUGAAAAAGGACAGUAAGGAAAUCUGAUACGUAUAGAAAAAGCCGUAUAAACGUUAACAAUAUUUAAUCAGUUUGAAUAAGUAAAAAUAUAAACAUAAUGUUACAAACGAAAGAAAAUAUGUACUACGCGUUUGAACAUAUAAUGGCUAAUUGUACGCUCUAUUUGCGCAUAUAAGGAUGGCAAACGUUUGAAAGAAGAUUGUUUGCGGUGAGAAGAUAGAAAAGGGCUUUCUUAAAAAAUAUGGAGACACAAGAGGACUGCACGAUUCGAAGGAGCCAAUUGGUACAACGGUAUCCAAAUGAUUAUAAAAACGAUGGACAUACUCCAGUUCCGAUGAUGAUGAACCAAGCGCAGUAUGUGAAUACGGGAAGAGUUACUGCGCGUAUAGCAGUAUACCUAAUGACCGGAGUGUUUGUAACGAUGGAAGUUGAGCAAAGCUCGACUGCGCAACAAAUUUUAACUAUAGUACAAACGGAAGGAGAAUUAGGAUUAGCAAGAGCUCCACCUUUAAUCGGACAGCCAGUAUUUGCUUUAUGGCUGUGCUCGUGCCAAUUAGAGAUUCAAUUGAGACCAAAUCACAAACCCAUAGAAUUAGCUGCCAAAUGGAACCGUUUAGUUAAAAAAUAUGGUUCGCAGAGGGAAGAAACCGACGAGGAACCUUUAUUGUACUUUCGUAGGAACGUGUUUCUUUCUAGAUACGACGAAGAGCAAAUAAAGGAAGCUAAAGUACUUGAACUGUUGUACGCAGAAGCAAGGCACAAUGUUUUACAAGGUAGAUAUCCAUGCGAAGGGCAAGCAAGAUAUGCAAGCUUAGGAGCAUUGCAAGCACGUAUUGAAAUAGGCCCGUAUAACUCACAAACGCACACAUUGGCAUUUUUUAGAAGGCAUCGAGGAAGAUUUUUACCACAUCAUUACACAUCACCGAGUCUUUUAUUAGGAUUAGGACUUGGUUUGGGUUUGGUGGGAGGUAAAGGAGCACCAGAAGCACGCCUUUUGGAACAAUAUAAACGAAUACCUAAUCAUACCGGGACCAAUACAAAUCCAAGAAAGCUAAUUAGGAAGUACCUUGAAUUUUGCUGGGGCCUACCUUGUUACGGUGCUGCCUUCUUUCAAGGACAAAUCGAACGUCCUGUAAGAGGACUGGCAUCGUGGAUUACGAAUCGUGACUUACAAGUUCUGAUUGCUAUUAACACUUCAGGAGUAUACGUGGUCGAUGAUAUGCAAUGCAGUCUUCUAUUAGGAUUGAAAUACUCGGAAUUAAGUUGGGAAAUGGCAAAACCUUCUGACGAAAGAAACCCCGAUUGUUUGCCCUGUUUGUUUCUACAAUUCCCUGUAAGAGAAAAUGGUGCGCGUGUUUAUAAAAUUCUACAAGUAUUCUCGAGACAAGCAAUAAUGAUGGACACUUUAAUUUCUGGUUUUGCCGAGGAAAAUCGUAAUCACAGUUCUCACAACGAUGGUACAAAUAGCGAACGUCAAUUGGAUCAUUCUGCGACUACCACCUACACCGGUAGUUUCACAAAUAAACUUAGCAAAUUUACUUUGGCAACGUUUGACGACGAAGGUCGAUGCAUCGGACAAAUGGGUUCUUGGUCUUUCCAAUAGUCUUCACUUUAAAAAAAGUAAAAGGUGCGCACGCACAUAAAAAGCAAAGACGGAAGAAUAAUAUUUACCUACAUAAAUAUAAAAGUUCCUUAUUGUUUCUAACUCGUCGCUGAUAUAUGUUAUUGGUGGUAGAGAACGGAAAGACGUUCGUCUUCCUCCAAAAGCUCUACCAGCAUUUUGUAUCGUACGGGAACUAAAUUCUUAUGACGAUCCAACUUCAUAUCUAAUAAUUGCAGAUUAAAGGUUAUUUCGUUGGA